UAGCAAUUACAACGCUGGAUGGAAAGGAGGAUCCACGUGGGUUCUUUCCCCGGUCAAGCACACAGGCACUGAAGGUUAAAGCAGGCUGUCGGGGCUCUUUGUUGAACGGGAUCCGCGCGCAGACCGGUGGAUUUUGGUUGAAGGGGAACAGAAAGCGCGUUUGCAGAAAUGGACCCGAUGAAAGCGCAGCAGCUCGCCGCGGAGCUGGAGGUGGAGAUGAUGGCUGACAUGUACAACCGGAUGACCAAUGCGUGUCACAGGAAAUGUGUUCCCCCUCAUUAUAAGGAAGCGGAGCUCUCGAAGGGCGAAGCUGUCUGUCUGGACCGCUGUGUGGCCAAAUACUUGGACUUGCAUGAGAGACUCGGCCGAAAACUCACAGAGCUCUCCGUUCAGGAUGAGGAGGUGAUGAGGAAAGCUGCUGCUGGAACUGGAUAAUCUUAUAUGAACUCCAAGGGUGGGGGAUGAAGUCCUUGGAUGAUGGGGGUUUGUGGGAGAAAUGGGCACAAUUUGGACACAUUCAAACAAGGAAAUCUGGCAGGAUUGCCCAUGGAUAAAUACCUUAUGAAGUGAAUAUGAACACAUAUUGACUUUCUGUUAGAUAUGUGAGGGUUCAGGCAUUUUGGAGGAGAUGAUGGGAUGUUUUACCUCGAGAGAGGCUGAGUGUGUUGGCCUUAGCAGUUAUUGAUCUUUGUCUUGUUGGAGAGAUUUGUGAAUCGAUGUCCUUGUGAAAUUGUUGGUGACUUUUUUUAUGUUGACACUGAUCAUUGUUAUUUCUGUCAUUUUACAAAAUGUUUCUUUAUUGGUCAACAAAAUAAAAAUGUUUACCAUUU